AUGCCUGCAGCGUACGAAGUUGUCCUCAACUUCAUGUCAAAUCACUCAGAGGAGCAUCCGGCCGGAUGUGUGCCUAUUCCCGAAGGAUUGUACAAGCGGCCGACUAUUUCGCCCUACAACCUAGCCGGCGGGUUCGUGGAUGUUGGCAUUGGAUAUUUCUCCUACCAGAAGACCCUGAAGAUUGGGAAACACCGGAAAGGUCAACUCAUUCACUGGUGUCGAUGUUUGAGACCUCACUGGCGGUGUACUAAAAAUUCCAAGAACCUGUUUGAAGAUGACAACUUCGCAUGCUUCGCCUUUGUUCUUCUUCAGCAGGCCAUUCCAGACUUCCUCAAGCGGCCUUUGGCAGAUAUCAAUAAUGCCACACCCUUCCUGGCGCCUUCCCUCUCCCCGCUUCUCAGUAAGCUUAUAUGGCCAGAAUUUAGCAAGUAUGAUCAGAGUCUGUUCAAUGACCUCCCUGGUUACAAAUACAGACCCAGGGGACCAGCCACCAAUUCGGACAGACUUCGUUUAUCUUUGGAAGUCUCGAUUUGA